AGAUACUUAGACAUUUAAACCAUAACCAUCCAUCCAAUUAUUCUCACAUAUAUAUUUACAAACAAAAAGAGCAAACAAGACUCUGAUUUAAUCACAAAGACAAAAUUCAAGAGCUAUCAUCAUCGUCAUUAUGGCUUAUCCUUAUCAACCACAGCAAUAUGCUUCUGCACCGCCGAUGCCGGCACACCCCACUGCCAUAUUCGGACAGCAAUAUUGUGCUCCAUAUCCGGUGGAUUUGGCUGUCGUGAAAAAGGUUAUGACCAUUUCAGAUGGAAACUUUGCCGUCACUGAUGUCAACGGCAACAUCGUGUUCAAAGUAAAAGGUUCUCUCUUAACCCUCCGUGACCGCCGUGUCUUGGUUGAUGCCGCUGGUUACCCCAUCGCAACCUUGCGUCGCAAGAUAAUGACUAUGCACGAUCGGUGGGAAGCUUUUAGGGGUGAAAGCACAGAUGCAAAAGAUCUUAUAUUUACAUUGAAGAGAUCUUCCCUAAUUCAAUUUAAGACCAAAUUAGAUGUAUUUUUAGCUAGUAACAAAAAAGAAAAUGUUUGUGACUUUAAAGUUAAAGGUAGUUGGUUUGAUCGAUCUUGCAUUGUUUAUGCUGGUGAAUCUAACAACAUUGUUGCUCAGAUGCACAAAAAGUACACGGUUCAAAGUAUUUUAAUUGGUAAAGAUAAUUUCAUGGUCACAAUCUAUCCCAAUGUUGAUUACGCUUUCAUAGUAGCAUUAAUCGUGAUUCUUGACGAGAUUAACCGCGAUGACAAGGAUGUUGUUUAUUAGAGGAUUAGUGUUUUAUAUUCCUCAAAUACUAUUAUACUUUUUUUUUUUUUUUGGUCAAGUAGCCUAGUGGCUAGAGCUCACACAAUUUAAUUGUGAAGAAGUGGAGUGUCCGGGGUUCGAACCCCGGCUCCUGCAUAUAAUAUGCAAUAUUCCUACCAACUGAGCUAUACUCACGGGGAUAUUAUUGUACUUUUAAUGAAUGAGUAAUACAAGUUAUGCAAAUAUUAGCCAAUAAA